CUUCCAGAAUCCCUGAGGAUGACAUCAGGUUGAGAAAAAACACAGACCAAAACUGUGCCAAUUUCUUGGAGCCAGCUACUGUGCUUGCUACACAGGAAGAGAAAAUGGAAAUUGAAGUUCCAGUUUCUGAACAUAAAAGCAUCACCACAGUGGCUUCACCACACCCCAUAGACAAUCCAACCCACUUCUUUUCCCCUGCUGCCAGCCACAAUGGACUUAAGGACAGGCACGAAUCUCUGGACAGUGAAGUUGCUAAAGAGAUCAGAUACCUAGAUGAAGUGCUGGAGGCAAAUUGCUGCGAUUCUGCUGCAGAUAAUACCUUUAAUGGGACAUCCUCCCCUGAACCAAGUGCAGUCUCCAUUAUGGAUGGCUCAGGAGCAUCUGUGAAUGUCAAAAAUGAUUCAGUACCCAGUGAAAGGGAAGAAAAAGUAGCCGACAAGCAGGCACCCUUGGUAGUUGAAACAUAUGAAGCUAACAUGACAGAGGAGAACCUGAAAUCUAAUGGCCAUCCCUUGGGUGGAUUGAAAGAAGAUGCUAGGGAGAGUCUGAAGGUGCCAGGAAGUCCGACUUCUUCAAACAGUUCUAGAAGAUCCUCUAAGGAUGGAGAAACAACUCUUACAACUCUUAAAAAAGAGGCUAAGUUUGAACUACGAGCCUUCCAUGAAGACAAAAAGCCCUCAAAGCUCUUUGAAGAUGAGGAAGAGAAGGAAAAAUACAGGGUCCGCAAAGUGAGACCAUCAGAGGAAAUGAUGGAACUUGAAAAGGAAAGAAGGGAACUCAUUAAAAGCCAGGCUGUCAAGAAAAACCCCAGCAUUGCCGCCAAAUGGUGGAACCCUCCACAAGAGAAGACCCUGGAGGAUCAACUGGAUGAAGAGCAUCUGGAGUCCCACAAGAAGUACAAAGAGCGUAAGGAGAGACAGCAGCAGCAAGGUGCAGCACCAACAUCCCCCAAGCAGGUCAGCUGCUCUUUUGUACCACCAGAACCAGUCAACAUCAAGAAAGAAGAUAUUGUCACAGAGCAAAUUGACUUCUCAGCUGCCAGAAAGCAGUUCCAGCUAAUGGAACAUUCAGGUCCAUCUCAGGGUCAGGCCCCACCGAGGCGGUCAGGAACACCCAAAAUGUUCUCCAUCAAACCCUUCUACAAAAGCCUAAAUUCUCCACAUGUAGACAGGCCACUGUCCUCCAUAACAAGACCUGUUUCAGUGUGUGGGCAAACAGGACAGCUUGAGGAUAACAAUGCCACUGUUGUCAAAGCACAGAAGGUCUCCUGUACCUCAGAAGAUGAUAUAAGCACUCAGACUACCACUGCUGACCCAGUAAGAGAGUUACUAGGCAGUGACAGCCCCAGAGCUGGACAGGCCUCAAAACUGUGGGCAGAGGAUGGAGAAUUCAUGAGUGCGAGAGCGGUCUUCACAGUGGUGAAGGAUGAUGGACAGGGUGUGCUGGACCAGUUCCCUAAGCCAACUAGCGCAUCUUCCCCUCCAGAAGAGCUUGACUCUGGUUUGGAUGACUUAUCUAUCAGGUCUCAGGAUACCACCGUCUUGGAGACCCUUUCCAAUGACUUCAGCAUGGAUAACAUCAGUGACAGUGGUGCAUCCAAUGAGACCAUGAGCGCCCUUCAGGAAAGCUCCCUGGCUGAUUUCUCCCUGCCGCAGACCCCACAGGCCGACACUCCGGCGGAGUGCAGGGGCGAAGGCAUCACCAAGUCGUUCAGUGACCCAGGCUGUGACUCGCCCUCCUCUGCCUUGGCUGACUCCAUGCUGAUUGACGACCAGCUGGAGUACCACGCUGGCCUGCUAGUUCAAAAUGCCAUCCAACAAGCCAUAGCUGAGCAGGUGGAUAGAGCAAACUGCAAAGAAGAAGAAGUCCCAGCAGAGAAGGAGAUCUUGCUGAAAGAGCAGCCAGUCACCACCGGGCCAGCUCCAGCCUCCGAAGAGCAGCAGAACCCAAUGUUUCAGCCACCCCAGGUGUCUUCACCUGUUCAAGAAAAAAGGGACACCAUACCAAAGACUUCAAAAGAGGAAGACUCAGGACUCAGGGAAGAGAAGCAGUCAUCAGUGUACUCAGCCAGUCAGCCGUUCCUUGUGGAGGAAAACAGGCACGAAGUCAGCUAUUUCAGCAAGUAUUCAGAGGCAGCUGAGCUGAGGAGCACUGCCUCCAUCCUGGCCACGCAGGAUUCUGAAGUGAGCGUGGGCCCUUUCAAGUUACGGUCGAGGAAGCAGAGGACUUUGUCAAUGAUAGAAGAAGAGAUCAGAGCUGCCCAGGAACGAGAAGAGGAGCUGAAGAGGCAGCGGCAAGGUCUGCAGGUGGCACCAAGCCCUGUUAUGAAGAGCACACCACCCAUGCCCACCAGAGCUGCGUCUUACAAAACUGCACCAGGGAAGAUAGAGAAGAUCAAGCCUCCUCCAUCCCCCACCACAGAAGGCCCCGUCUCGCAGUCUGACCCACCGCCUGAGGAGCCUGUAGGAGCUCAGCGACCUAAGAACCUGAUGCAGACCCUCAUGGAGGAUUAUGAAACACACAAAACUAAGAGACGAGAAAGGAUGGACGACAGUGCGGUCCUCGAGGCGACCAGGGUGAACCGCAGAAAGAGUGCUCUGGCGUUGCGUUGGGAAGCCGGCAUUUAUGCCAACCGGGAGGAGGAUGAAUAACCACACUGCAGCGUGAAGACAGCGACUAGGCAUGCUGAAACCAAAAAAAGAGAAAGGAAGAAAAAAACAAACAAACACAAAAAACACCACGAAGCAGCAGCAUUUUAGUCCAAUAUUUAUUAAAUACACAACAAACUCGAUGAUGCACAUAAACAAGAAAUGAUCCAACUCCUGGCAAUCCUAAAGCAACAGGAAAAACCCACCUAGAAAAUACCCCCCUUCUCCUUCCCUCCAUCCCCCCCUCUGAAAUAAUGCAAUGGAGAGGGUGCAGGGGGUGGGAGCCCUUGAUGGGGACAAGGGGACAAUUGUCCCGACAGACCGGAGAGGCUGCAGGUGCAUGGCAGGAGGUCGGUGUGGAGGAGCCCUGUCACGCUCGUACUUCCCGCUGACCAAACUGGCAGCCCUGCCUCACCCCCGGGAUCACCGUCCCCCCAGCAGCUCCCGUCGGACCCUCCUGCAGUUCUGUCACCUCCCACAGCCGCUGCACCGAGACCAUCGGCGUUACUUCGGCGUGUUCUUAUCCAGCCACAAAACACAACGAUAUUGCCCUCUGUUGCUCUUUCUUCGAGGGGACCAAAGGGUUGGGUUUGGGGUUGGGGUUGUUUUUGGGGUGGGUGGGUUCUGCUCCCCCCUUCUAGUAAUUUAUGUGUUUAAAAGGAAGAAGCAACAAACAGGGAGGCGGUUAUUGCAAAUGUACAAUCCAGCAGACUCAGUAAAACAGUCCUUGUGUUGCAAACACAAGCCAUCACAAUUUAGGAGUGGAAUAGAUGGGGAUGAGAGCUAAGCCAAAUGGAUUACCUUAGCUUUAGGAUCCUGUAUGCUUGCAAUAUCACCUGAGCUCCAGGUUCUCAGAGCAUAUUUACAUAACAAAGUUUCUAAAUAGAAAAAUCUGUAUUUAGUGGAUGACAACUAUUUUUUGAUUAUGGGGAGGGAAAAGAAUGGCUUAUGUGUAAAAUCUAUGACAAUGGAUAAUUUGAAGUAGAAAGGUAGUGGGAAAGGGAUACAAAUAAAGGACAUAUAAUUUUUAAAUGAGGCAAUAAUUGAACUAAGCCAGACUCUGGCCUAGAAAGAGGUAUGAAAUAGAGAAAAAAGAUAGUUACGUCUUCAACUAUAUUUAUACAACAUAAAAAAGCCUUUGAAGUAGAGUGCUUUGUGGAAGUCUUCACGUUUCCAGGCAACUAAAAAAGCUAAAGGGCAUAAUGA